AUGAAGAUACUUGAUAUAUUUCUCAGUUAUUUAAUAUUCUCCGGCCCGGUGCCGUCGUUCCUGUCGGAGAUCACGGCGCGCGGCUACCUCAGCCUCUCCUCCAACAAGCUCACGGGCCCAAUCCCGGCGUCGCUCGGGGACAUGCCCAACCUCUACUUCCUCGACCUCGGCUAUAACCACCUCACGGGCACGAUACCGCCUCAGCUCCUCAGGAAGGGCUCAUACCUCUACCUCUCCCACAACAAGCUCACCGGCGGCGUCCCGGCCGAGUUCGCCGCUGUGAAUUUCUGGACCAUCGACCUGUCGUAUAACGGGUUCCAGGGCGAAGCCUCGUUCCUGUUGGGCGCGAACAAGCCGCUGCUGAACCUGGACCUGUCGCACAAUGCGUUCAGCUUCAACCUCUCCGCCGUGCAGCUGCCCGAGGGCCUCAACAGCUUGGAGCUGAGCCACAACGAGAUCUACGGCGAAAUCCCGGAAAUGGUGGUCGACAUGAUGCUGAAUUAUUUGAACGUGAGUUACAAUCGCCUCGGCGGCGUGGUGCCCGCCGGUGGCAACAUGGCCUGGUUUGACCAGUCCUGCUUCCAGCACAACAAGGGGCUGUGUGGAAGUCCGCUUCCGCCCUGCAAGCAGUGA